AGGGCAGACCCCUUAUCCAUUUAUAUUAUCUCAAGACCCAGCAAUUCCCACCUCUUUCUCUUCACAAACUCUCCAAAUUUUUCUCUCAUCAACUUCAAAAUUACAUGGUUUGAGUUUCAAAAAUUAAUUGAAUGAAAAGGAAAAGAAACAGUUUGUUUUAGUUUUAGUUGCAGACCAACAAGAAGAGGAAAAACCAGUGGAUGAUGUCUUGUUUACUGCCACAGUUUAAGUGCCAACCUGACUCUUUCUCUAUCCAUUUCAAAACUCACUUCAAUCUUACUCAACCCACAGCAAAGAGUAGAGAGCCUGUUUGUUACCGGACACAAUGCAUUUUAUCCACCUCAUCACCAUCAACAUCAACUGCAGUGCUUGAUCUGCAACAGCUGAGAUUACCUUCUUUUGAAGCUCAUCCAGACUCAGGUGGUUCAAAAAUCCCAUGGACAUACAUAGGGGCAGUUGGUCCACCUAAAGAGACAACCUUUGGGCAGACUUUAGGUACAGAAACACUUAUUACAAGUGAUGAGGCUAUAAUUGCGGCAGCUGCUGCUGAAGCAGUUGCUCUUGCAAGAUCUGCUGCCAAGGUUGCAAAAGAUGCAGCCCUUCUGGCUAAAUUUAAUCCUUCUACAGAUACAGAAAGUAGACUUACAAGUCCAUCCACAGCUGAUGCACCUAGAACACCGCAAUUUACAGAAACAGAACGUGCCUGUAUAAUGGGAGACUCUGUAACAGCUCAAACUAGAGUGAAAGAAGAUUUGUCUAUGCAACAUUCCAUCAAUGAGUCUGACGAUUUGGAGCCAAUCCCGGAGGAGCUUGAACUCCUGGAGGAGCAACUUUCAGAGGGUAUAGUUGUGAGAUCAAGACGCCAAACAGAAAGAAAAGCCAGACGAGCAUGUGCCGCAGAAAAGGCUUCUACAAGUGUCUUGUCUAUGAAGUCUGGUUUUACCGCCAAGAAAAAGCGUGCUUCUACACAGGAAGUGGACCAUUCUGAUCCAUUACGUUAUUUGAGAGCAACUACAGCCUCUUCCAAACUUCUUACUGGUACUGAAGAAUUGGAAUUGUCUGCUGGAAUACAGGACCUACUGAAACUUGAAAGGCUCCAGGAGGAGCUUAAGGAGCGAUAUGGAGGUCAGCCCACCUUUGCUCAGUGGGCAGCUGCUGCAGAUGUGGAUCAGAGAAUUUUAAGGAAGCGCUUAAAUCAUGGUAGAUUGUGUAAAGACAAAAUGAUAAAAUCUAACAUACGGCUUGUUAUUUCAAUUGCUAAAACUUAUCAAGGCGCCGGGAUGACUCUCCAAGAUCUAGUCCAGGAAGGAUGUCGAGGACUUGUAAGAGGAUCAGAGAAGUUUGAUGCUACUAAAGGUUUCAAAUUCUCUACCUAUGCUCAUUGGUGGAUUAAACAGGCAGUUCGCAAGUCUCUUUCCGAUCAGUCCAGGACAAUACGUUUACCAUUUCACAUGGUGGAGGCAACUUACAGAGUGAAGGAGGCACGAAAGCAAUUGUAUAGCGAAAAUGGAAGACAGCCUGAUAACGAAGAAAUUGCAGAGGCAACCGGGCUUUCAAUGAAGAGGCUUAGCGCGGUGCUACUAACCCCCAAAGCUCCACGAUCUCUCGACCAGAAGAUCGGAUUUAACAUGGACCUUAAACCUUCGGAAGUAACGGCAGACCCUGAUGCAGAAUCAGCAGAAGAUCUGCUAAUGAAACAAUUUAUGAAGCAGGACUUGGAUAAGGUUCUGAACACUCUGAAUCCAAGGGAGGGUCAAGUGGUCAGAUGGCGAUUCGGAUUGGAGGAUGGCAGGAUGAAAACGUUGCAAGAGAUUGGAGAGAUUAUGGGCGUGAGUCGGGAGAGAGUUCGACAAAUUGAAUCGAGUGCAUUCCGUAAACUAAAGAAUAAGAAAAGAACCAAACAAUUGAAGCAAUAUUUACUGGCAUGAAGCUACAUUAUCAUCAUCUAGAAUUUAGCAUUGUACAACAUCCAGCUAGAUUUGCAUGAGGCUAUUGUAUUUUCAUCUGUAUUCAUUCCUUCAAUUUUUCUUUUUCUUUUUCCAAUUCCAAAUGCCUACUUAUGUAAUCUCAGUCUGCUCUGGAAUAUUAGAGGCUAGUUCUUCAUAGGAACACAAUUUUUGAAUUAAGCAUUUCCCCCUUUUUUACAA